GAAGUGCGAAGCCCUUAACGAACUGGUUGAACGGCGUAGAUAUCUUGUUGCGAGACAAAAGGCGCGGCGUGAGGUAAAGUUUAUAUCACAAACGCUCAGUGUCAGGUUACUCGAGCACAUCUAUAUUGCAAUCCUCAAUGCAUCUCAGGAUGAAACGCAUGGCAUCCAGGACACUGCCUAUGCGCGGUAGACAUCCACUCCACGCUGCGGGAGAUUACGGCUCUCCAAACGGCACUCGAUGCAAUGGAGGACGAAGACGAACAGCGGGCACUGGAGGAAGAUAUAACAGGAAAGAAGUGCAGCAACUAUUACCAGAGGUUGUGAGCUACAUUCGGAGGGAAAGGAACUCGAUGGCCCUGGAAGUUCGCGGCCGAUUUCGCGGAUGUUUGCUUGAGAUGGGGAAUAUUAUCAAGAAAACAUCUCCUGUGUACCUGGAUGAUGAUCUGGCUCACUUACGACGGAUUAUGCUUGACGCAGGCGCAGGUAUAUCGAAACAUCGGUCAUGGCUUGAUGCUCGGGCGGCAGAGCAAAACAAAUGGUCAAGUACACCUGCGUCCAGAGGCAACCCCCCUACUAUUUCGGCACACUUCACCGAGAAUACCCAUACAUCCACGGCUCUGCGGACUCUGUACACUGGAAACAUCUGAUUGACAAAUAUUAGCUCAUUCGAGCGAGCUGUUGCACCCAAUAACACUUUAGUCCCAAAACACCGAAGCGGUGACUUUUCUCCGUGUUCAGGCGAUGUAGUACUAGCGAUUCCAACCACAUAUGUAGCUCUUAGGCUUGUUUUCAUCUUACAUGACCGCUUCUGCAAAAGUCUACCUCCCAGACACUUCAAAGUACGGCCAGACAC